AUGUCCUAUCCAUCGUAUUUAAGUGGCACCCAUGUAGAAACGAACUUCCUAACGCUGGACACCUACGCUUCGAUCUCACUUGCAUUUUCCAACUCUCUAUUCCCUUUCGCAAGUAAUCAUCAUGGAGGAGGCGGUCGCAAUUCAGCGAGUUUCUUUUCGUCCGCCACUUGUUCAACAUCUUCGAGAAACAGCUAUCAAUAUCCACAAGACCCCUACGACAAAGCUGAGUCAUCUCUAACUCGAAGUUGGGACUGCGCUUUCUCCAACCCCUCCUCAAUGUCUAGCUCUCGCAAUUACAGCUCUCUUCGUCAUGGAAGUGGACCUCUAGCGGGCUACACCCGCUCUGCUACUGCCUCCAGGGCGGGUGGGCUAGCGGAUCGAUACCUCCAGAACGCCAGUCGUGGUGCUGACUCGUCUAAGUACGGCAACAACUACAAUACUGCUCCAACUCGUACCAGUGCGUUAAAAUCCCGUUUCGAGAAUGGAACUCCUACUGGUAGCAGAAAGGCGGAUGAUAUCAACAUCGCCCCACCGGAAGAAAGACCCCGGCUCAGUAUUGGAGGGAGAUACCUCCAACGAGUGAAUUCUCGAGAAGGCACUAAUGAGACUUCUGUUACUCCAGCUCGAAGCAGCUGGAGAGAAUCAGUCUAUGGUGUUCAAUACACCAAUAAGGAGGCGACGACUUCUCCCACGUCGAAAACCCCGGCAAACUUGACCGAGACGGAGCGUCGACGUGCGGAGAGGGAGAAGCAGAUUCAGUCGGAUAAGAUUAAGCAACAGAUGCUGGAGGAGGAAAGAGAGGAAAGGCGACUUCGACAGGCCCUGCGAAAGGCCACUUUAGAGAAGGAUGAGGCGAAAAUCGCCGAGGUGGAUGCAGAAAUUCGACGACUUCAACUACGUCGACAGGACUCGAAGAAGCGGGAAAGAGAAGCUGCAGAAAGUAAGCCCCUUUCACGAAGGCCAUCCUUCAAGGCAUGUGAGAAGAUGGCUGAGGUUACAGUAGGCGGACGAGAGAAGCAGGAUGAGGUUGCCACUGCACCAGACAUCGUUCAGACAGCAAUGAGUUUCACAGAUUUCGAUGACUACUUUAGAAAGCACCUGAUUGGUGGAAAAGAUAAGGAGCAGUCCUGGUGCACCUACCAGCCAGACAGCGAGACAGAAGACUCCGCAACGGAGAUGUCCAUUGUCUAUAAGACGAAAAGGGCGAAGGAAUUGUUCACAGCAAUGCCUACAGAUUUGCAGCACUUGGUAGUGCGAGCGCAUAAACGACCGAUUCGAUUUGCAGCCAUCAUGGAGAUGUGCAAGACAGAUAAGUACGGAAAAGAAUUUUCUGCUGAGAGUGAGCGCAAUUUUAGAGGGUACAAUGACGUGGCAACCAUGAUGACGGACUUCGGAUUUGAUUUGAACGCGGUGAGUCGACGAUUUUAA